AAUGAAAGUUUACAGAUUAACCAAUGCAGAUAAGACAACAAGAUGUACAAAAUGCAUAUCAAAAUCAUUUUCUUUAAAAACCAAUGGAACUUGUGUAUCAUGUUCGGAAGCUCCUUUUGCAAAUUGUGCAACUUGCGGACCAACUCCAUCAGGUGGAAAAGCGAAAAGUGAUAUGUGUAGUGAAGGAUUUACUUUACAAGAUGAUAAACUAGCGUGUGUUUCAUGUUCAAUUAUCGGAUGUGGAUUAUGUGCUCAUGGAAAAUGCUUUGAAUGCAGAGGAAAUGGAACUGAUUGUGGAAAUGAACUUUCUAAUGUAAAGGAAGAAACAGCAAAUGUGAAAUUAAUAGAUUGUGGAGUUGGUGAUUGUUGGGCUUAUACAACAGAGACUUUAGGAUCAAUAACAUUUUCAAGAGGAUGCUCAAACGAAACUUGUUCACCUCUUUAUGAAAAUGAAAAUUGUAAAGCUGUACCUGGAAAGAAAGAAUGUAAACAGUGCUGUAGAGGUGAAAAAUGUAAUACCUGGCCAUUAGGCGCAGGUGGAACAGGAUUAAUUGCAACGUGUUUCAUUAUUAAAUUAUCCAACAUUUUAUAUAUGUUGAUGAACUAA